GAUCAGCACUUUGAAAUGCUCAGCUCGGCCGCUGCCGCCGACGCUGCGACCAAGAUGGCCGGGAGACUCGCCACUUUCCUCAAGGAUGCCUGGGCCAAGGAGCCGGUGCUGGUCGCGUCCUUCACCAUCGGGGGCCUCGCUAUAAUUCUGCCGGCUCUCAGCCCCUUCACCAAAUACGCCGCCAUGAUCAACCAGGUCACACCCUACAACUAUCCAGUGCCCGUUCGGGAUGAUGGGAACAUGCCUGAUGUGCCCAGCCACCCUCAGGACCCCCAGGGCCCCAGCUUGGAGUGGCUGAAGAACUUGUGAGCACGCCCUAUGACACGGAGGAGGCCCCUCCCCUGUAGUCAAUAAAA